GUCCUGGCUGCCUGGAUCUGCUCUCAGCAUGAAGAAACUCCUGGUGGGAUUCCUGCUGGGCCUGGCAUUCGUGGAGUUGGCCCAGUCCCUGCAAUGUUACGUGUGCAAGCAGCCCAUUGACAUUUCCCAGUGCAGGACACCCGUCACGUGUCCCCCAAGAGCCACCGUGUGCACCACGACCCUGCACUCCGUGGACUUAGGUUAUCCCUUUUUUGGCAACAUCACCGUGACCAGGGACUGUGAGGAGGAAUGCCUCACCUCCGAUGGGAUAGGGGCCCAAAAGCCCAAAUCCUGCUGCUACACUGACCUGUGCACAGAGGACACCAACAGCAGCAGUAGGGUGAGGAGCAGCUCUGCAGCGCUGGCUCUGGUGGCACUGGUGGCUGGCACGGUCCUUCAGUGCUUCCUGUGAGGUCACAAGUGUCCCAGCUCCAGCUGAAAGCCCACCACUCUCCCUGCCAAGCUGCCUCACGAACUCUUAGAUGCUUUGGGAAUGUCCUUCUUUGCUGACGGGUGGCUUCACCCCAUCUUCAACGCUGGAUUCAAACCAAGAAUGGACUUAAACCUGGACUUAAACCCCUCAAAUCUCCAGUUUCCUGCUGUUUAAGCAGAUAUUCCUCACCUUCAGCUGCUUCUGGUCCUCAGGAUCCACAGAGAAUGGGUUGGGUUGGAAGGAACCUUCAAGAUCAUCCAGCUCCAACUCCCUGCCAUGGGCAGGGACACCUUCCACCAUUCCAGGUUGCUCCAAGCCCCAUCCAACCUGGCCUGGAACACUUCCAGGGAUCCAGGGGCAUCCACAGCUUCUCUGGGAAUCCUGUGCCAUGUCCUGAUUGAGAGGAGCAGAUGGAUCUGGGCCCAGUUACUUCCUGCCCGUCAGGGUGUGGGUGGCAACUGCAGAGAUCUGGAGCUUAAGUCCAAGGAUAAGCUAAGGAAUGAGUUCAGAAGGGCUCAGCUUCCAUGUGGGAAGAGGAUGGAUUUCUGGAAAGCUCAGCACACCCCCUGGACUGACAAACCUGCAACUCAAAUUUCCAACUUUGGCCAGACAAACACACACCCCCCUCCCUCAGCUUCUGCCUGAGCUCAGGUUGCAGUUGGAGCUCCCAGAUUUCCCUUUCCAGAUGUUUUAAAGACUAUUCCAAGCAAAUUCUUCUCUUAUUCUGCCCUCCCUUCAUCCCUUCAGAGCAGAGACUGCAGGAUAGGAAAAGUAAUGGUUAUCCCAGACCCUCAGCUCUAGGAAAAAUCGUUUAAAGUGCUGAGAUCCCAGCUGAGAUUUGCUUGGAGCAGAUGUGGGAUUGAUUCUGAGGCCCUGCCUUCUGCAAAAGCAGCUGGAGUGGAAGCAGAUAUGAAUGAGCCAGGUGUGCCCAGCUCACAGAGAUGCAGGAAAUUUGCCAUUCCCUCUGCUCCUAUUGCCAGGGAUCGUCCAGAUGAUCAGGAAACAAGGGUAGAGUGGAGCAUGGAUACACCCCAUGCACCAUCCUUGUGUGCUCACUGCAUCCCUGCAACCUCCUCUGUGGCAAAAUCCAUUUAUCCUCCAUUCCCCCCCCUCCUUUUUCCACUCUCUUUCCACAAGAAACAAAAGCAGGGGGCUCUUUUUCCUCCUUGCACAGAGGGAAUAUUUUCUCAAGGUCUGUCUCAGUACCAUUUAGGAGAAAACUUGGACAAUCUUGCAUUCCUUGGCAUAGCUCAGGAGGAUGGUGAGCCGUUUUCCCUGGAGGUGAAACCCACUAAAACAGUGGAACACCCCCUGGCAAUGCUGAGAUCUGCAGGGAGCAAAUGCCAUGGAGAGGACAAUAAUUGGAAGUUACUCAAAUCCC